GAGGGGUGGUGAGGGGAAGUGGGGAGAAGGAUGGAGGAGGGGAACAAGGCACCGUGGAGAGCAGUGAGGUUGAUGAAGCGAGGUGGAAGGAUGAAGCAAGACCUGAUGAAGACGAGGAUGCAGGCAGUGAGUGCGGCUAUGGCAUGAAGGCGGAUGUGUGGAGCAUGGGCAUCACGCUGUGCUCCAUGCUCACUGGCCGACUGCCCAUCGUCAAGCCGGCUAAACUGCUGGCCAUCAUGCACGCCCAGCAGCAGCACCAACAGCAGCAGCAGCAGUGGCAGCGGCAGCACCAGCAGCAGCAACAGCAACAGCAGCUGCAGUGGCAGCAGGAGUGGCAGCAGCAGCAGAGGUGGCAGCAGGGGGAGCAGGGACAGCAGCAGCAUGUGAUGGCGUCUCAAUCUCAGAAUGACCCCACUCAGGCGAUCUAUGCACCCACAGCAUAUGCUUCGCACAGCUACACUGGCAGGGACCCUGCAUUCUCUAAUGUCACUCUCCACACACUCACCUCAGCCCCUAUUUCGUCUUCAGAUACCAGCAUGGUACCUGUUGACAUGAACAGUAGUUUGCAGAUAGACUUCGAAUCUCCUGGCUGGAAACGAAUCUCCCCAGCUGCGAAGGAUCUCAUCCGCCGAAUGCUCUGCAUCAACCCUGAUCGACGGCUGAGCUCGCUUGAGGUGUUGGAGCACCCAUGGCUGAACCAACGGUCUGUGAGAAGCCGGGACUUGUCUGCACUUUGCCCUGCCCUGCUUUUCCAUAAACCCUACCCAUCCACAUCCGCACCCACAUGCACAUCCACAUUUACAUCCACAUCUGUGCCCUCGUUUUUAGAAAAUGCAUCCAUAAUGGCAUUGUGAGAGCUUCACAUGUCAAGGGAUGCUUGGUUGCCAGCAUGGCAUGGUUUGCAGCAGGCAAUGUGGUGCGUGGCAAUGCAGUAAGUGAGGGUGCUUGGCCAAGCACCUUUUCCCUCAAGAUUGGCUUCAACUCCUUCAAGGAUUCAAUUUCUUUGUCGUCUUCCAGAUUAGCUUAUUGUAGGAUAUUUGGGGGUUUAUAGGCUGAUAGGUUGUUGCAUAGCCACCUCAGCUGUGCUAAUAAUGCAACUAGUGGGUGUAGGAUUUAGAGUUUUGUGGUAAAUUAGCACCUGAUUGCAAAACCAGCACUGCACCAGAUUGUCGU